AUGAAAAGAGCUUCUGGAGCUCGAACGCGAGCCGAGUUAGCCAGCUUUCUCGACAAUCUUUUCUUCUGUCCAUCAUGCACGACAUGGCGGAAGUCGAGAUCUCUAUCAGGUUCCUUUCAGGGAGCUCAACGUGCUGCUAACGCUGCCAACACACGCCGAUGCGCCUCGACCUUGAGUUCGACCACCGCUGUCAAUGCCACGAAGAAUGUGCCUUCAAGAUAUAAGGGGCUGUACCAAGCACUUAAAGAUGUGCGCACGAAGGCACCGGGACAGGUCAAUCUGAGCCGCCUGCAACUCGCCCUGCAGGGUCUGGAGUCGGAGACACCCACUACAAGAGUAGCAGUUCUAGGGCUAAAUGUCCAGAAUACAGCGCGAAGAUUAGUGCGGCUUCUCUUAGCCGAUCCAUUGAGGGAUGAAGAACGAUGGGAGAAGGACUUCUUAAAGAGCACAGACGAUGCGAGUCAAGGGCUUUUGAUUCGCUUUGGUCACCCCUCGAAUCCCAACCUGCCACGGGCGAGAACGACGAUACCUGUCCUCCGUGUCCCCUCGAACGUGCUUGAAAGAAACAAUAUUGAGAUCAUGGUGGCAUCCAUACCUUCCCUGAGGAAUGGAGAUUUGCAAGGAAUGGCCACCAUUACCUCAGAUGCAUUCCUCUCACCGUCCAUCGGAACCCCCACUGCCGCAAAUGGCCGGCAAACCAUGAUCAGCCAGCCUGUUCACAGUAGUCUACUCGUGACGCAAGGUCUGGACGAAAUGGUCCUCGCCGCAGAGCUACUCGCAUCGACCAAUUUCGUGACGAAGGAGGAUCGGGAUCUCGUACGCCUCAUAGUCAACCUGGAAAAUAUCAAGCAGCAAGCACCAGGCACUGUAUUGAUAGUCGACGCCACGCAGGCUGAGGAAGGUCUCGCGGCCAUCCGGCGGUCAGUCGCCGAGGCCAGAUCGUACGAGCAUAAAUGGGUUGGAUCAGGCCUGCCAGAGCUAUCGAACUGGCUAACUCUGUCAUCAGCCAGCCAAUCAAACGAAUCGAUACCACGACCACUGAGAAAUCUAAUAUCGUCCAUUAUCUCCCACGCGACACGUAACUUGAGCUCGGAGGCAAUGCUAGAAGCGCGAUCCAGCCAAGCAAGAAGCUUGAGCCCUGCCACCCAAGCCCAGCUUGAGACAUCGAUUGAGGAGUUCUCGCGAAAUGCACACCAAGAGCUGCAAUCCGGACUGGCUUCGGCGUGGAGCUCACGAAACUGGAGGAAACUGGCGUGGUACAAGCUGUUCUGGAGAGUGGAUGAUGUGGGAUUAAUCAUCACAGAUUUGGUCACCAAUGCAUGGUUGCCACGUACAGAGCGAGCCGUCUAUGAAUUGUCUGGUCGCCUCUCACAAGCAGGCGUAUCACCUAUAGACAUCUCAGCAGCUCCACCAAGCCAAGGCAGAAUUGCAACAUCUACGGAGCCGACAUCUGUUCUGCAGGCUCAAUCGAGCCUAGCCACGGACCCUGCCGUUGAGCCCGUCAUUGUCAAUACUACCGGGACGGCUGAGCUCAGACUUUCUCCCACCCCACAACCCAGCCCCUUGUCAUCGUCUAUCUCCCAUACUCGGGCCCAACAAAUCGAACGAGCAAUACUAGGUCUCACCAGUACUGCUCAGCAGAUCGUUCUAAAAACCCUGUCUCUGUCAGGGAUAUCUGCCGGUCUAUCCGCACUCACCUAUCUGUCGCUCACAUCUGGCAGCAUGUACGAGGCUGGCACUGUCGUGGCACUGGGAACUGCGUAUGCUCUGUGGCGCAUGCAAGGUGAUUGGCACACGGCGACCAAGGCACUAGAAGAGGAUCUUCUUGAUGAAGGCAGGACGGUGAUCCAGAGAAUCGUCGGAGGAAUGCAUCGGUUGGUGGAGAACGGGAGUCGUGUUGGGGAAGACUCUGUCGAGGUCCAGACUCGACUUGAGGCUGAGCAAGCCGUGGCGAAGGCAAGGGAUGAACUGAGUAAGCUUGGGAAAGAGAGCUAA